ACCCAGCAGCAGUGUCACAGUAGUACGCUGUGCUCUCGUAUACAGCGGGUGAAUGGUGUCCCGGGUACAAGUAAAUUUGUUCAGCGACGUUUCUGACGUUUGUUAAUCGGUGCAUCGUCGGAUCCUGCGUAAAAGAUCGCGGUGAAGCGGUAUCGUCAAGCAAGGGAUCUCGACGAACAUCUUAUCGAGGGAGUUUAAAAAAGGUCAGCCAAGGAAGGAAAGAUGAAGGGGAUGCUGGUGCCCGCACUGCUGGGCGUCUUGAUGGUCUGCCGGGUCCAGGCAGUGUCGGAGAGGCUCGAGUUGGCACCCGCUGGAGGAAGAUCAGAGCCCCAGGUGGCCACGUUAUGCGAAGCUGGAGAGGUGUAUCUGGCACAACACAUGGGCGAACAGGGUCGUUGGGUUUCCUCGACCGACAAGAAGAGCUGCAUGACAGACAAGUUAGAGAUCCUCGAAUAUUGCAAGAAGGCAUACCCGAAGAGAGACAUUACCAACAUCGUCGAGUCCUCGCACUACGUGAGGGUUAGUGGAUGGUGCAAGCCAGGAAGGACUAAAUGUAAAUUGUCGCGUUGGGUGAAGCCUUACAGAUGUCUCGAGGGACCGUUCCAAAGUGAUGCGUUACUCGUGCCAGAAGGCUGCCUCUUCGACCAUCUCCACAAUCAGACAAAAUGUUGGGAAUCUCACCGAUGGAACACAACCGCGGCAGAUACCUGCAGAGAGAGAAACAUGAACCUGAGGAGUUUCGCGAUGCUGCUACCCUGCGGUAUAUCCUUGUUCUCUGGUGUCGAGUUCGUGUGCUGCCCGAAACACCUGAAAGAGAAUAUGAAAGCGAAGAAACCGAUCGACUUACCGAUUCCGAAAGGCGUGGACGAGGACCUGGACGAGGACGAGGAUGAUCUUGACGACGAGGAUGACAUGGAUGCCGACGCGGACGACGAUGACGAUUCCGAUGCUGAUUCCGAGGACGUGCUCAACGAUCAACCCGACGAUGACGAGAGCGACGAAGAGUAUCUGGAUGAUUACGACACUACGACAAGUCGGUUACCAACAACGAUUUCAACGACGGAGAAGCCGAAACUUGAUGCCACCGCGAUGCCGCUACCGGUCAGCACCAGCACGCAACAAUCCCCUCAGUCUCAGAGCACACCUGAUCCGUAUUUAACUCAUUUCGACCCUCGUUCGGAACACCAGAGCUACAAGCAAGCACAAAUGAGGCUGGAGGAGGUGCACAAGGAGAAAGUGACAAAAGUGAUGAAGGACUGGAGUGAUCUCGAGGAAAAGUAUCAGGACAUCCGUGCCCACGACCCGGUCGCUGCUGACGCGUUCAAACGAUGGAUGACCACGCGAUUCCAGGAGACUGUUGCUGCUCUCGAGGAAAGCGGGGCUGCUGAGAAGCAUCAGCUUAGCGCUAUGCAUCAACAAAGAGUGCAGGAAGCCGUCAAGCAAAGAAACGACGAGGCAAUGUCGUGCUACACUGCUGCUUUGAAUGAGACACCACCAAACAUGCAUCGUAUCCAGAAAUGCCUGCAGAAACUUCUUCGAGCUCUGCACAAAGAUAGACAUCACACGAUCGCCCACUACAAACAUCUGCUGGACAGCAGCUUGGAACAAGCUCAGCGUGAAAAGCCAGCCACGUUAGAACAUUUGGCGGAAAUCGAUAGAAUCACCAAUCAGAGUCUCUUGAUGCUAGAACGGUAUCCUGAUUUAAGCGCGAAAAUUGGCCGCCUUAUGGAUGAUUACGUUUUGGCCCUCAGGAGCAAAGAUGAGACUCCAGGACUGCUGUUAGCGAUGACGCGAGAAGCGGAAGCAGCCAUUUUAGAUAAAUAUCAGGCUGACGUUACCAGCAAACAGCAGGAAAAAGAGCAUCAGAAGCAACUUGAACGAGCACGCAAAGAGCAACGCAAAGCAGAACGCGGCGAAUUACGUACCGAACAGGCGCAGCAAGAAGAGAAUGACUCGAUAAAUGAUAAUAAAGAUACUGAACAACAACCAGAACAACCGUCAGCAGUAGCCGCUAUGCACAGCGAAGGACUGAUUAGGGCAGCACAUAGUAUGACACAUGACAUUUCUCAUUCUGAACCGGGUUACUCUCUGAGAAGGGAGGCUUAUCACAGGGAAAGUCGAUCCGUCUACUUCACACUUGCGUUUGCUGGAAUUGCACUUAUGGCUGCUGCGAUCGUAGGUGUCGCGGUAUUUAAAAGACGCAGUGCAAGGAGCCCCCACAGUCAGGGUUUCAUCGAGGUUGAUCAAGCGGCUACACCGGAGGAACGGCAUGUCGCGAACAUGCAAAUAAACGGAUACGAAAAUCCUACAUACAAAUACUUUGAAGUUAAAGAAUAAUCGAAUCACCUUGGUCUACAAACAUUUUAAUUUUGAAACUGGUCUUUAAUUGUCCGUUCUUCAAGAAUCUCAUAGUAUUUUGUUAGUGUAAGAUAUCUUUCAGAUCCGAGGUUCUUCCGAAGAUUGAGAAAAGAGAAAGAAAUAUCCAACAAAAAAAAAAAAAAAAAACAGUAUACAAAUUUACAUCUUAGUGAUAUAUGGAAAUAAAAUCUGUCCAUAGGGAGAUAGGUAUAUCGCGAAAACGGAGUAUCAUUGUUUCGUCGUCUCUUUAUAUCGCUGGUGGUGUACCACGACCAUAUUUAACGAUCUACGAUAUGUAUAAAGCAAUGUUAUAAUUAGAUAUAACAUUUAAGUAGAUAGAAGUGAUAUGAGUUUAUUAUCUGCUCGUACCAUGAGAAAUUAUCUACGGGACAGUGUGAAAGGAAAACAACACGCCAAUGUGCCAUAUUAUGGAAAAGCGAGAUAAAAAGAUAAUUGUCUUCGGAAGUAUCUCAUACACGUUGUUUUCGUUUCGUUGUCAUUUACAAUGUUACCGAGAGAGCAACAAAACGCAGAAAGUAGCGCUGGCAAUAAUGGAAAUCAAUUAUUACACUCGGUAACGUCACUCGAACCGCUGAGUAUAUUUAUAAUAAAACUCAAUAAUCUCUCAAUUGGUUUCAAGUGAUUUGCAUACGAGAGAACAAUACGAGAACACGACGUCUCACCGAUACAAGCGUUCACGGUAUGCGUGGCAGUUGCGCUCUUUGCUGUAAUUUCUGAGUUCUGAUAUUUUUGGAGGUAGUAAAUGGCAAUAAUGGUUACGCAGCUUAAAUAAACUACGUGGAAAAAAAAUAAAUAAAUAAAUAAAAGUGGUAGCAGCGGUAGCGGCUUGCACGGCGGCAACAUAAAUGUAUAAUCCGAUUUAAGAAAAACGAAAAAGAAGAAAAAUGUAAAAAAAAAAAAAAAACGAUGGCAUAUUACCUAGCACUAUACGCGAAAGAGAUUAAUUAACGCUAUGACACUCUUUAAAAAUAUCAGAACGGCGAUCGAUGCACGUUCACCUUCGUGAUGCAGCUGUUUUUUCAUCUCCGUUCGAUUCCCACUGCCUGAUUUUUUCAGCGACCUUUCAGUACUUAACGUCUACUUAGAUUAUACAACUUUAUACUUAAGAGAUUAAAAAAAAA